AUGGACGGCAUCGACCUGCUCAAAGCAAAUUUUCCAGAAUACUUCACUGACUACAAGAAGCCGCCAAAGUACAAGAUUGCAGAGCUUCCUGGCGACCGCGGUAUUGCAAAUGGUACGUGAUCGUGCGCGCCGAGUCCUGCAGUGAAUCUGACUAACAAGCGCAGAUGCUCUCAUCGAGUCGGGCGACGCCGUCCAGUGCGACCAGGAGUACCUCAACGGCGUGCUGGAUCUAGCCGAGUCCCUCCAAUGCCGAAUCCUCCUCUGGGUCUUCGACACGGAAGACGAUGAUGAUUACAUCGAGCAUCUCCGCAUGGUCAAUGGCGAAUUCAAGCUCGUCUUGGGCGAGUUGAAGCGUCUCCGGGCAAUUCCACAGCUCUUUCCCGAUUCGAAAACAUACGCCAGCUUCUUCAAACAAGCCAACAAGAAGAUGCACAGGGUGGAGUAUCUCAUGCAAUGGAAGCUGAAAGAUGAUGCAUCCAUCAGCGCCAAGCAGAAGGAGAAGGAGAGUGAGCCCGUGUCCGCCGCUGGACCAACCAACCCGGACACAGAAGCCAAUCAAGCGCCGUGGGCAAAAUACUGCUGCGCGCAUGAUCCGCAAACAUUCCCCACUCCUUCAAAAGCUUCAAGCUACGUACCAGAUAUGGAAUUGCAGGCCAUGCAGUUCAUUCCACGCGCAGGCUUCGAGAUUGCAGAGCAUUGGCGCCGUGACACAGAGAAAGCAGCUCGGGACAUCAUGGCGGUCUCGAAAGAUCCGUCUCGCCUUCAGAAGAUGAUUGUGAGUCUAACUCCUUCUCGUAACGGUACUCAGGCUGACCAUUUCUAGCCUCACAGUCAUCACAUGAAUGAGCCCAAUCCAGUGCUAGGCAGCGAAGGCAAGCGGGCUACAGUCACGUGGCCAGUGCGCAACGCUCAGACUGAAGGGCAGGGAACGGAAGAUGCCAUUGCCCUCCAGGGACAAUUCAUGGCUGAGAUGGAUGAGCCGGACGGGAUUCGAAUGUCGGGUCCAUUUGCCCUACUUAGGGGCCUGUUCGUUGCCGAAGACGAUACCGAGCCGGACAGCAAGUUCGAGCGUGUGUUUGGACAGUAG